GUGUCUUUGAAGCACCGGGUUUAAUUUGUUAACCAUUGUGAAUGAUUUGCUUCUGGCAAUCAGCUGUUUAUUGUAUUUCUUCCGCAGGCUGGGCAGUAUAAAAUACUUGAGUUUUUCGUGGCAUUUUUAAAGAGAUUAAACAAAAAAUUGCAAUUUUGUCCGUAUGAAAAUGCACAGGAAAUGAUAAAUAUACGUAAUUUAAAAAUAUUAAGAUUUAUAAAAUGACAUAGCCACGCAGAAGAUUAUGGAUGCAGUGUGGGGUAGUUAAGAAUUGCUACGUGGAAUUUUAAAUACAUCACUAUAAAAAAAAUACAAAAAAAAAAACUGCUAAACAGUAGCACAAAACUAGAAUAAAAACAGUCAAAAUGAGCAUGGAUGAAAAACUGAAAUAUUCGCUUUUGCGCGGCGAACUGGUGGAUAAUCAAAGCGUUUGGACAAGGCAUGAAAAACGCGCUUGGUUCCUCACACUCAUCACAGGCACAUGCAUGCUCUAUUCGACACGCACAUCUAUGCCACUACUCAUAUCCGCCGUUGCAGCCGAGCAGAAGUGGAGUAAAACUGAUUCGGGCACUGUACUCAGCUCUUUCUUUUGGGGUUAUACGUUGACUCAGGUAGUAGGCGGCUACUUCAGUGAUCGUUUUGGUGGUCAACGUGUUGUACUCUUUGCUGCGAUUGGCUGGUCUUUGAUUACAUUCUUCAUGCCAAAUAUCAUAUGGAGUUCAACGGCGAUUAAAGCAUAUUCCAUUCCUUUUAUUGUAACGAUACGUAUUAUAAAUGGCGCAUUCCAGGGUGUGCACUUCCCAAGCAUGAUUAGCCUCACUAGUCAGAAUCUUAGCUCAAAUGAACGCACAAGUUUCUUUGGUCUACUCACUGCCGGCUCCGCUCUGGGCACACUGCUUACAGGCAGUCUUGGUUCAUUUGUAUUAGAUUAUUUUGGUUGGCCCUAUGUGUUUCGUGUUAUUGGCUUUUUGGGCAUAGCUUGGGCGUUAAUGUUGCGCUACUAUACCAUGGCUGGUGAGCGUGGACGCAUCAUCAAUGUAUCUGCCCCAUCACGACUCUGUGCCAACAAACAAAUUCUGGAGAAUGUACCGUGGUUGCGCUACUUUAGGAAGCUAUCAUUUUGGGCGUACGUGCUCACACAUGCCUGCGAAAUGAAUUGCUUCUUUGUGUUGCUUUCUUGGCUGCCAACAUAUUUCCAUGGUGGAUUUCCGCAUGCCAAAGUGUGGGUAGUCAAUAUGAUUCCUUGGCUUGCAUUGCCGCCAUGUACGCUUUUUGCGCGUUACCUAACAGGACGUUUACUGGCCCGCGAUUGGUCUACCUCGGCUGUGAGGAAGAUCAUACAAAGCUGCUGUUUUGCGUCCCAAAAUCUGGCGUUAUUCAUAAUGGCGCGCACAAAUGAUUUUCAUACAGCACUGAUAUGCAUGACUGUUAUAAUUGGUGGUACUGGCUUCCACAACAAUGCCGUGACUGUGAAUCCACAAGAUUUGGCGCCAUCACAUUCGGGUAGUGUUUUCGGUUUGAUGAAUACUGUUGGCGCAGUUCCUGGGUUUUUGGGUGUUUAUCUCGCUGGACAUAUACUGGAGAUAACGCAAAGCUGGCCGAUUGUGUUUAGCACUGCUGCAGUUAUAAAUUUAGUUGGUUGCACUGUUUUUCUUAUAUUCGGCUCAGCCGAGGCGAUUGUAUGAUUUCUGAACAUCAGAUUUCUUCAUACUCCAAAAGCAUAUUAUACAUUUUUUGACGCACUGACUGUUUUAUGUUUUUCCAAAUAUAGGUCUGGUACAUAUUUCUUUUGACUGGAUAGAAGGCUAUAAUUAUGUAUGUUAUUUCUUGUAUAAUAUUUAAAUGUUCGAUAGUAUUGUAAAUUAUAUAUGCGUGAUAUGCAAUAUUAAGCAGAUCUAAUUACAAUAAGAAUAGUAAAACCAAACGUAAAUUGGUUACUUGCGUACACUUUA